GUGCGAGGGAGGAGACCGGCGGGUGGCGGGGUUCCUGCUUCGCGACUGCCUAUGACGUACCACGGUCCUGUGCAUGAUGUCAUGACCACACGCCGUAUAUAGCGUCGCGUGCGCGGUCGUCUGCCAUCCACCGCGCAGUGUUCAUUCUCCUUUUGUCGACGACCCACCCACUCGAGCACCCGCAAGCCAUGUCGUACGCAUCCGUCGCCGCUCACAACGCCCCGCCCUCCUCUCAACAGCCCCACCCUGACCCUGCUCUCCUCACCACCGAGCCGCCCUCGGCGGACAACAUCGCGGACGACGCAAUUAAAGUCAACGUCGUGGCCCCAGACUUCCGCACCAACCCUGAGACGACCACCUCCGUCUCGGGUCCACCUCCCGUCGUGGGCGGUGCCCCCAAGUCUGGGCCCCACGGUAGGAAGGGCAAGGCUAGAAAAUACUUCGACGAAGCCGAAGAGGAAGGCUCCUACCUAUAUGCGCGCGCCAAGCAAUAUAUCCUGCGCCCCGGUGUCGCAGGUGGUCUCCUCGGGCUCGUGAAUGUUGGUCUUAUCUCCUUUGCCGGGUACUCUCUGUACACCAAGCCUUACCUCCGUCGCGACACACGCGCCAUCGGUUCGGCCGCCGCCGCGACUCUCUUGCUCCUCACUGGCGAGGGCUAUGCCGCCGAAAAAUACCGUCAAACUCCCCGAGGCCAGGCAGAGGAGGAAAGGGCCAAGAAGGAAGGCGCGGCCCUCUACCGCUGCGCCAAGGAGCAUAUCCUGCGGCCUGGUACUCUGGGCGGCCUUGUUGGUGUUGUGAACGCGGGUAUUCUGGGUGCGAUUGGCUACUACGCGUACACGGAGUGGGAUCGCCCCCGCUGGGAUAAGCGUCUUGUGUCUGCCGUUUCCGUCGGGCUACUGACGCUCUGGUCAGGCGAAGGGUAUCUCGCUGAGAAGUACCGUGAGACUCACCACUGACGACACGACCACAACUGCGGGAAUGACUCUUUAUGACUAGGUUUAAGCGGAUGUGAUGAACACGUCCCGCCCCUCCUUCACAGAACUCUGUACCAUACAUAUCAUCGAUAUAGUACAUGUAUACAACCGUGGAAUCAUACCUUCUUGCAUCCCA